AUGCAAAUGGUGUAUCUCAAGGAUAGUAUAUCUAAUCGCAACUAUAAUCACGAUCCAUCGCAUUCUUCUUCUGCCAAUCCAACGCCCAACACGUCGUCCAAGAGUUCGGCCACAAGUGGUCAGUCCAUCCUAUCUGCCGAUGAAAUGGUAGAAAUGUUAAAAAACUUGGCCGCAGUUAAUGAAAAGUUGCAUAAAUGGGAACAAUCUAUGAAAAAGUUAGACACAUAUCCUGACAAUGAUAUCAAUAAAACAUUAAUGAAGGAUAUCAUGGAAUUUAUUGAUAACGAUAAGUCUUCGACUCAGGAUAAAGCUAUCUAUCUUUACGGACAAUUAGCUCAUAAAUGCCACCAACAGAAAAAUUUUAUGGGCGCUGCAAAAGCGUAUGAAAGAGCGGCAACUCUUCGUUUCGAUAACCCAAACAUAUUAAACGAAAGCAAUUCAAAAGAUACGAAAACAACAAUUCAAUACUUGGAGUCAGCGAUUGUUAAUUACGAUGCGAUACAUAAGUACAGACACGCGGGAACUCUUCAUUACCGGUGCAGCAAAAUCCUGCGCCUCAUGAAUGCCAAGAGUGAAGAGGUGGCCAAACAUUACUGUCAGGCUCUGGAGUACUUCACUAUGAGAAACCAUGAGGUGAAACAUCGCAAAAGAAUUGAUGGAUUAAAAAUAAGCUGUUAUUCGUCUUCUAAUAAUUAUAAACGAAAAUGGGAUUCAAGUCAACGAUGUUCUCGUGAUAUAGACUAUUAUGUAUCCAAAUAUAGCCGCUAUACCACUCGUGAAUGCGAUUCCAAUAGAUCCACAGAUAACGAGGACAGUCAGGGCGCACAUACCGAUUAUUUCAUGUCUGGUGCCAAUUGUUCAAAGACUGGAGACCUGUUUGAUAUAAGUCCCGCAGAACUCAUGGCACCUAAUAUUCACCACUCGAAUAAAGAGUCAAUAAUAUCGAUAACACAACACAACAACCAAAUGAAACAACAGACCAAUAGAUGUAUUGAGGAUCGAAUAGAAUCGGCAAAAAAAUUGGUUAAAAAGUUAUAUAAAUUUUGUCCGUUUUAUUCGGUGAGCACUGAUGGCGAGGACGCCGGCAGAGUCUACUGCAAGAUAUGUGAGCGCCAUUUGGGAGCCGUUAGCUCGACCCUCAAGAAUCACGUCAACACUCAGGAACACAAACAGGCCGUUGAAGACAGUAUUAGUGGAACUAUUCGUGAGGACCAGAAUAUGUCGAAAAGUGGAUCACAACAACUGACAGUCGCCGCACUUCCCGCGCCUCCCAUUAGAUCCAACUUAUCCAUAGCCAAUGCCCACAGACCCAGUGCUAUAGCAGGUGCUGUCAAUUCAUUCAACGCAAUACAACAACAAUCGCAUCCAAACCCUAAUAAUUCUUCAUUUGAUUUCGAGACGUUUGAUAUUCAAUGGGGUUUCCAAUCGCCUAAUCCUAUGGACUAUUGUCUGCCAACGAGUGCCACAACUGAUCUUCACACCAAUCCUCACAACAGCGCUAUUAUUCAAAACAAAACUAUUACUAAUCUUUGAAUAUUAGACUAAUUUAAAUAAAAUAAUAAAAAUGUAAAUCAAAGCACGCAAUA